AUAUGUAUUACUUCCACGGGUACGAGAUUUUACACAAAAAUAUAAUUUGUGUCACAAAUGAAAAUGUCAUUCAAUUAUGUUAAUAAUUUCGAUUAAUUUAAAUUUAAACAUUCAAUGAAAAUGCCAGAAGAAACUACGGUCAAAUCAGCUAAUCCUAUUGAGCAGCGUUUCAGAAAAAUUCGACGUUACCACUAUUUCUUCUUUUUUAUUCUAUUUUUGAGUAAACUCCCACUAUUUUGGCACUUCAUCAGCCUGAUAUUUCUAUCGCCACGUAUGGAUUUCUAUUGUGAUGUUAACAAAGGUGGUAAAAAUUAUUGUCCAUGUGAGAACCCCAGAUGGGAUACGAGUGUGUUCACAAAAACCAUUCAGACCAAAUUUAAUUUGCAUUGUGAAAGACAAUGGCUUGUCACAUUAACUCAAUCUACUGUAUACAUUGGUACUUUGUUUGGAUCUUAUGGAUUUGGACGUUGGUCAGAUAAAUGGGGACGUCGUUCUGCUUGCGUCUACUCCUGUCUAACCUUAACUGUGUCUGGCUGUCUUCUGAGUUUUAUGCCCGGAAUUGUCAGUUUCUUGAUAGUAAGAUUCAUAGAGGGCGCUGCUUGUGGUGGCUACGUUGUCGUGGUAUUUGUCUUUCUUGUGGAAUUCUGCGGUCCAAACAAUAGAGAAAUUGUUUCAGUUUUGUUUCAUAUACCACCGAAUUUCGGCCACGCGACCCUUGCAGCUGUAUCCUAUCUGCUGAGAGAUUGCGAUUACUUUCAACUUGCCAUAUCAGUGCCUUUGAUUAUUUUUGUAUCGAUGAGAUGUUUGCUGUAUGAAUCUCCUAAAUGGUUACUGGACUUGGGUCGUCUUGAUGAAGCAGCAGACGUGAUGGGAAAAAUAGAUAAAUUCAAUAAAGAACCCAACCCGUCCAUGAAGCCUGAACUUGAAGCCUUUAGAGCAAGUAUGACUUCAAAUACAAAAGUCACAUUUUGGGAAAUUUUCAAGCACAAACGACUUACAAUCAAUUUCGUAUGCAUGGCUUACAUAUAUUUUGUAUGUGGCAUGGGGUUCUAUGGCGUAUCACAAUAUAUUGGUCACAUGAGUGGGGAUAUACACAAAAAUGUCGCUCUAUCUGGACUGUUGCUAAUACCAGGAACAUGUAUAGCAUUGUUACUCAUAAAAGUGUUAAGCAGACGACAAUUUUUAAUGUUGACCAGUUUAAUAUCAGGUGUUUUUAUAAUAAUUGUAGUGUUUCUUAAUGAAGAUUUAAAUCUGCUGAAAGUAAUUUUUGCCUGUAUUUGCAAUUCCGGUUUUUAUUUGAGUUUCCUGGUUGCGUUUCUUUAUGGUGUUGAAUUGUUUCCUACAUCUAUUCGAUCGUCUGCAUUAGGAACUUUGUCAACAAUAUCUAGGAUAGGACAAAUUGUGGCACCGCAGAUAAAUACACUGUCACCAUUUGCAGCAGCGUUAACUUUUGGUAUUAUGGCGAUAAUUGGUACUGCCCUGUGUAUUCCGUUACCUGAGACUAAAAAUGUCGAACUACCGUCAACUGUAGAAGACACAAAAAUUCAGGAUAAAGCAAAAAAGGUCAAACAUAAUGUGGAGGGAGCUACUUCAGAUCAGGAAGCUGCUCCUUCGAAGUAAUUUUAAAAAUCUCUUUUUGUUACACAAUUUUUAAAGAAAUAUUUUUUUAGUAAUUUAUUGAUUUCGAAAUUAAUAUCAUGUUUGUUGAUUAUCUUUUAUAUUACCUAUCGAAAUAUUUUUAUAUGUAUGAUGAUGAUUUAUCUUACAUAUUUUGUUUAGAAUUUAUUAUUAUUACAAAAGUUUUCGUACGUAAAUUGUAUUAUUUUGUAAGUUUUAUUUUAUAUGCCUUAUCA